AUGGAGAACAAUGGUGAAUCCUUCGUUUUUCCACCAUCACCUAACCCUUCUGAGACAACAAACAUUCCUAGUCCCAAAGAACCAAAUGAACAAACAAAUCCAACACCAGAACCACAACCAGAAGCUCCCAUGGUUGAAACUGCUAAAAGUUCUGAAGGGAGUUCCCUGAACUCAGAGAACGAGUCUAAUAAUCCAACCAUGGAUUUCCCUUUACCAUUCACUGAUGAUGAUGACUCGGAAUAUCCGAAACCCAUAAUCAUGAUUGUUCCUGCUGGCGAGGACAUCGUGAGUACCAUCCUUGACUAUGCUCGCGACCAAGAUGUGAGCAUCUUGGUGCAUCAUGCUUCAGGUUCUAUAUCUGAAGUUUCCAUAACCAACCCUUUGUGCCCUUCCAGUGAGUCUUCUUUCCGAGGAAACUUGCACAUGUUUUUCCUCUCAGGUGUUUACACCAAAUGUCUCUCACCCACACCACCAAAGAACGUUCCUUUUUCCUUCUUCAACGUUCAAUUCUCCGUGGAACACGCUCCUGAAAUCUAUGGUGGCCUUGUCGGAAACACACUUGUCGCUGCACAUCCUGUGCCGGUCACUGCUACUCUCUUUAAGGAGCAUGAGUACUAUGAGUACCAUGGAAGGGUGUCUGAUUCAACUGCUCCAAAUGUUGAACCUUCAAUUCUGGGUAAUGACCCUAAUGCCACCGCCACCGCCACCACCACCAUCACCGCAGUGACCACCGAUAUCACCGAUGUCAUCACCGACGACAACGACAACAACGACGGCAACACAGUUUAUCUUCAUAAUGGAUUCUUCUGUGGAGGUUCAGUCUCUUCUCCUACAGAUUUUAGCAAGCUUCAUGGAAACAACCCAACCAACCCAGGAGAUGAUAACUAG